UUUUAUUACAUAAUAUUUUCGCGGAAUAACCGGCGAAAAGCCCGUAAAACUGCCAAAUCGGUCGUCGUAGAACGAACAGCGCGGAUCGUGUCGCGUUGAAUCGAUUUCCGGCGAGUUUCCAGGAGCGAUAGAAUGGCGUUGAAAUCGAUUUGCCGGCUGUCAAUUGAUUCGACCUUCAGGCAGUCGAGCCAUUUCGGAGCCACCGCCCGGCUGAGACGACCGUCCUUUGACACGCUCCUACGAAGUUUUGCCGCAGCAGCUAAGAACAUGGCACUGCCACGCGUUUUCUUCGACAUGACCGCGGACGACAAGCCCGUGGGCCGCAUCGUGAUGGAGUUGAGGAAAGAUGUUGUCCCCAAGACAGCGGAAAACUUCCGUUCGCUUUGUACCGGAGAGAAGGGUUUCGGAUACAAGGGCAGCAGUUUCCACAGGGUGAUUCCGAAUUUCAUGUGCCAGGGUGGUGACUUUACCAACCACAACGGCACCGGCGGAAAAUCCAUCUAUGGCGCCAGGUUCGAAGAUGAGAACUUUAAGUUGACUCAUACCGAACCUGGUAUACUAUCUAUGGCAAAUGCUGGCCCCAACACUAAUGGCAGCCAGUUCUUUAUCACCAGUGCCAAGACCAGCUGGCUCGAUGGAAAGCACGUCGUGUUCGGAAAAGUCACCGAAGGAAUGGAUGUUGUUAGAAAAUUGGAGGCUAUGGGUUCUCAAAGUGGCAAGACAUCCAAAAAGAUCAUAAUAGCGGAUAGCGGAGAGUUGUAGAUCAAC